CUCAUAUCCUCGCCCAAGCCAACACGAAGAAGAAGAAGAAAGCCCACGGGAAACUUGCGUCUACUGACUUGCUUCAAUUCCAAGCGAAUAAAAAAAAAAAAAAGGAAAUACCCUAAGCCUCCCGAAUUCGUUACUGCACUCAACUCCAAAGAGCAUCUGGAUCUGCACGGUGAAGAAGUGUGAAGAUCUUAUCUGGUAUUCAAAGUUGGUGGAUUUAACAAAUUUGUUGAAGGAAUUUGCCAUCAAAUUUUUAGCUCCAUAGUUAGAUUUGAGCUUCAGGAAUGGAGGAUGAAAAGAAGAAGAAGAAAAAUAAGAAAAAGAAGAACAAGCCGACAAAAACAGCAGACAGUGUUAUUGUGAGUGUCAUAGAAUCGACCUCUGUUGAUGAGUAUCAUGCCGCCGAGAAUGGGCAGAGUAGUUUUGGCCAAGUUUCUGAGGCUGCAGAUUUUCAGAAUGAUGUUGUGAGAAAACCAGUCGUGGAUCUGGAUGCACAUCAUGCCAAUGACACUAAGGACUCAAUUUUUCCUGAGGAGAAACAAUGCUUGCUGGCGAGAGAGGCUAGCCUAGCUGAGAAAAUUAAAGAAUUACAAAAGGAAAAGGAAUCCCAAGUACUGAAAGAGGCUAUCCUCGAAGAUAAAAUUAAACAAUUAGAAAAAGAAAAAGAUGCUCGAAUGCAAAAAGAGGCUAUCCUAGAAGAGAAAAUUGAACAAUUACAACAGGAAAAAGCAGCACACUUACAAAAAGAGGAUGAAUUUGAGGAGAAAAUUAGUCAGUUAGUUGAUGAAACAGCCACUCUGAGUUUGAAACGGGUGAGCUUAGAAGAAAAAGUUAAACAGAUGGACAAAGAUAGAGAUUACUGGGUCCAAAAGGAGAACUCAACCAAAGAGACAAUUGCCAUCUUGGAUGGUGAGAAGACAAAACUACAGGCACAGGUGAGGGAGUUGGAAGAAUCCAGGAACAGCCUUUUACAAGAUAACCAGCAGCUGAUAGAAACCAUAUCUGGUCUGCAUUCAAAGAUUCAAAGCCUUGAGAGUACUGCUUCUCUUCAUUCCUCAAUUAAGAACACAAUGCACGCUUCUGAAAAUGGGGACAUGGAGACUCAGAUGGAAAUUGCACCAGUUGAGAAAUUGACUACCGAAAAUGCAGAACUUGAUGAGAAGGUGAAUGAAUUGUAUGUUGAACUUGACCAAAGGAUUGCUACAACCGAGCUGCCUUCAUCAGUUGGAGCCGGUGCAGUGGUUGGAGGAACUGACCUAUCUGCUUAUGUCACUGAAAGUUCUGCUAUUGGAUCUGAUCCAAUGGUUGGAACUGCUGCAAGGCAUGAAACUGCCCCUGCUGCAGAUCCCAUGCUUGAAGUCGGUGAGAGGAUGCCUGUAUCAGGUGAGACUAUGGAGUCCGUGCAAGAUGUAUUCAUUAAAGAUGAGAGAAAUGGUAGUGAUUCCAUGAAUGCCGAUUAUACUUCUGUGGUUCCAAACCCUUCAGAAACCAUCGAGUCAGAAGAAAUUGUGCAAAUUCCAUUGGAUGAGAGCGAAGUGCAGGAUACAGAUUCAGAGGCUGCUCAUAAUGAAGAGGAAGCUGAUGUGCCACUCUUAGAUGCUCCAUUGAUUGGUGCUCCAUUUCGAUUAAUAUCUUUUUUUGCAAGAUAUGUUAGUGGUGCUGAUUUGGUCGAUAAUAAGAGCUUUGUAAAUUCGGGGCGAUAGCUUCCUUCAUUAGUCCGGUUAUACAUUAUUGGGUCAAAUGACCCCCUUAUUUAGAUAUGAGCCACAGAGCCAGAAAGGAUAAACUAGUCGGUAUACCAUUUUUUCUUGGAUAGUUUGAUGCAGUUCAGUUGUUCCAAUGCAAACCCAGGUACGAUUACCG